AGUCGAGUCCAUGGGGUCACAAAGAGUCGGACCCAACUGGAAAACUGCCACCCACACCCACACUGCUGCCACUUGACCACUAGCUCUAUGACCGUGGGGACUCCCGAGACUUCUUGCUGUCCUGUGUGUACACUGAGACAAUGUCUGCCUCACCUGUCCCCUGGGGGCACCCCCAGAGGACACCAGGCGCCCUGGAGGGCACCCUACCCGCAUGUAGAGCAAAUCUCAGCAAACCCCACACCCAGCUCACUCCCAGCACCA